AAAGUUAGCGUUUAUUGCUGGAGGUUGUUAUUGACCUGCUGCUCUAACGUUAGCCGUUAACUCUAACCAAGCUGAGCCACUAAGUUAGCAACGGCGGGGGUGAUAAUGCAUUUCUCUAAUAAAAUGACAAAAAGCAAAUGUAUGGUUGCUACCGGGCUGUGCAGUGGUCCUGCAGCAAGUUGUCAGUGUAGCUAACGUAGCUAACAGGUAGCUAGUGUAACCCAACUGGCCUGGUCGGGUCUGCACGUAGCAACGUUACAUAUUAGUCGGUGCAAGGUGAAAUUAAACAGUCUCGUACUUUUCGUGACACAAAGUCAACCUGUCGUGAUGAACUCUGGCUUGUUAGGGCAUGUAGCGUUUACAAAGUGAAGAAGGAAAGCUGCGUUGAAGCUACUCUUAGGGACCACUAGCCGGGCUAAUGCUAGCUGCCCGGUCUCACAUCCAUGUCCCAUCAUAGAUAACAGCCCAGAAUCAGUGUCAGUCUACUUUGGCUGUGAAGUCAAUCACUCUAUGAGAAUAUGAAAGUAUUGCAGAGUGGUCAUGCGGGUCUAGGAGACCUGGCAGACAUGUAUAAGUUGGAUGACCCAGUUUGCAGAGACACUGCUUGUCAGUUUAUCAAAACACCGAGAGGACAGAGACCGUGAUGUGCGGUCGAGGUACAGGGAGCGUGACCGGGACAGGGAUCGAGACGGGGACAGGGUGAAGUACUCCGGGAUGCCCAACAACCCUACUGCAGGCAGUGGAGGCUUCUUUAAGCAAACCCCCUUACAGCAGCAGAUCAACCCCUUUACCAACCUGCCCCACACACCACGCUACUAUGAGAUCCUCAAGAAGCGACUGCAGUUACCUGUCUGGGAAUACAGAGAGUCCUUCACUGACAUCCUGAUGCGUAACCAGUCUUUUGUGCUGGUUGGAGAGACCGGCUCUGGAAAGACCACACAGAUUCCUCAGUGGUGUGUGGAAAUGGUACGGUCAAUGCCGGGACCGAAGAGAGCAGUGGCCUGCACCCAGCCCAGGAGAGUGGCCGCCAUGAGUGUCGCCCAGAGGGUGGCUGACGAGAUGGAUGUGAUGUUGGGCCAAGAGGUGGGCUACUCCAUCAGGUUCGAGGACUGCAGCUCUGCCAAGACUGUCCUCAAGUACAUGACAGAUGGAAUGUUGCUGCGGGAGGCUAUGAACGAUCCCCUGCUAGAGCGCUAUGGUGUCAUCAUCCUGGAUGAGGCCCACGAACGCACAUUAGCUACAGACAUCCUCAUGGGGGUCCUCAAGGAGGUGGUCCGCCAGCGGCCUGACCUCAAGGUCAUUGUCAUGAGUGCCACACUGGAUGCCGGUAAGUUCCAGGUGUACUUUGACAGCUGCCCGUUGCUGACCAUCCCAGGACGCACGCACCCCGUGGAGAUUUUCUACACGCCCGAACCAGAGCGUGACUACCUGGAGGCCGCUAUCCGCACCGUGAUCCAGAUCCACAUGUGCGAGGAGGAUGAAGGGGAUGUUCUGCUCUUUCUCACCGGACAAGAGGAAAUCGACGAAGCCUGCAAGCGAAUCAAGAGAGAGGUCGACGACCUGGGGCCCGAUGUCGGUGACAUCAAAAUCAUCCCACUGUACUCGACGCUGCCCCCACAGCAACAGCAGAGGAUCUUCGAGCCACCCCCACCCAAUAAACCAAGCGGUGCCAUCGGAAGGAAGGUCGUUGUGUCAACAAACAUCGCAGAGACGUCCCUGACCAUUGACGGCGUGGUGUUUGUAAUUGAUCCCGGAUUUGCCAAGCAAAAGGUGUAUAACCCACGUAUCAGAGUGGAAUCACUUUUGGUGACGGCAAUCAGCAAAGCCUCAGCCCAGCAGAGGGCAGGUCGUGCUGGACGGACACGCCCAGGGAAAUGUUUCCGCCUUUACACUGAGAAAGCUUACAAGACAGAAAUGCAGGACAACACGUAUCCAGAGAUCCUGAGGUCUAAUCUGGGCUCAGUGGUGCUGCAGCUGAAGAAACUGGGUAUUGACGACCUGGUGCACUUUGACUUCAUGGACCCACCAGCCCCAGAGACCCUGAUGCGAGCCCUGGAGUUGCUGAACUACCUGGCAGCGCUCAAUGACGACGGUGACCUGACGGAGCUGGGCUCCAUGAUGGCAGAGUUCCCCCUGGACCCCCAGCUGGCCAAGAUGGUCAUCGCCAGCUGUGAAUUCAACUGUUCGAACGAGGUCCUCUCCAUCACUGCCAUGUUGUCAGUCCCACAGUGCUUCGUCCGGCCCACGGAGGCUAAGAAGGUGGCUGAUGAGUCCAAGAUGCGCUUUUCCCACAUCGACGGAGACCACCUGACGCUGCUCAACGUCUACCACGCCUUCAAACAAAACCACGAGUCCACUCAGUGGUGCUACGACAACUUCGUCAACUACCGCUCGCUGAUGUCAGCAGACAACGUAAGGCAGCAGUUGUCCAGGAUCAUGGACCGUUUCAACCUGCCGCGGCGAAGCACUGAGUUCACCAGCAGAGACUACUACAUCAACAUCCGCCGAGUGCUGGUCACUGGCUUCUUCAUGCAGGUCGCUCACCUGGAGCGCACAGGCCAUUACUUGACGGUGAAGGACAACCAAGUCGUACAGCUGCACCCCUCCACUGUGCUGGACCACAAGCCUGAGUGGGUGCUCUACAAUGAGUUCGUGCUCACCACCAAGAAUUACAUCCGCACGUGCACCGACAUCAAACCAGAGUGGCUGGUGAAAAUUGCCCCGCAGUACUACGAGAUGAGUAACUUCCCCCAGUGUGAAGCAAAGAGACAGUUGGAGCGUAUCAUUGCAAAACUCUCAUCCAAGGAAUACACUCAGUACUAAGAAGGUUUGCAUGUGCUGCAACAGCAUCCUCAGUAUUUGUACAAAGUUAAUUUUGAACUUAUUGAGCGUUUUUUUUUUUUUUUUUUCCACCAGAAACCUCAUUUUGAAUUCUGUUUUUGUCUCACUGUGUCUAAUGUAUUUUCAUAAUGAUUGAUGUUACCUUUGAGGGCCUUGUUUUUUUUUUUUCCAGCCAAGAAGGUUAAGCACUACGAAAAAUGUACUGUAAAUGACCAGGAAUUAGUCAUGAACCAUUUCUAUCUAGGUUGCAUU